AACCCUAUCUUUCUUCUACAGGUGGCGCUUUGUAUUAAUCAUAUAUUCGUAUAGAAAACAAAAUUGUCAUAUUGUUAUUAAUAUUCUUCCCAAUAUUAUUUGGGAAAUGGCCGUUUGUGAUUCGCAAACGAAUAACAAAACAUGGGAAUUAACUCUUUACGAACUGCACAGAACUCCUCAGGAAGUUAUAACGGAUAAUACGGAAAUUGCCGUCUCGCCCAGGAGUCUUCACAGUGAGUUGAUGUGUCCGAUAUGUCUCGAUAUGUUAAAAAAUACAAUGACGACUAAAGAGUGUUUACAUCGUUUCUGUCAAGAAUGUAUCAUAACGGCAUUAAGGAGCGGGAAUAAAGAAUGUCCUACGUGCAGGAAGAAACUAGUCUCGAAACGUUCUCUCAGACCCGAUCCCAAUUUCGACAUGUUAAUAUCAAAAAUAUAUCCCAGCCGAGACGAAUACGAAGCUCAGCAGGAAAGAGUCUUGGCGAAAUUAAAUAAACAACACAGUCAAGCGCUGGCACACUCUAUCGAAGAAGGAAUGAGAAUGCAGGCACUAAACAGGGCUCAGAGACCCAAGAAGCAUCCUUCGGAAGAAAACUUGCCAGUAUCUACAACGGUUCCCCCUCCACUUCUCGGUUCGGGUAACUCGAAUGAUUCGACUACGCCUCCCCAGCCGAGAAAGAGAAUUAAGACCCAUUCGGAAAACGAGUCAGCCAGUUCCGGUCUGGAGCAGGAUCCGGUUAACGAGGACUGUGAAGAAGAGGCGACCGAGAAUGCUCAGGAGGGAGAUUUAGAUAUAUUUUCUACGGAAGUAACCAGAAACGAAGUAGAGUUAGUUUUUAAGCCCCAUCCUGUAGAAAUGAGUCACAUUAGUUCGGAUGUUAAUCAAGUCCGUUAUAUCAAAACGACUUCGAAUGCAUCAGUUGAUCACCUAGCAAAAUAUUUAGCCAUGAGACUUGCAUUUGACCAUCAGACAGAUGACAUCGGAAAUGAGGUUCCAGAAACAAAUUCUCUCUUCACCAUUUAUAUUACAACCUCCCUGGAUCAAUACAUACCUCUGAACGGAAGUCUUACUCUGGAUCAGAUAAAUGGAAAGUAUUGGAAAUUGAACAAACCUCUUGAAAUGUUCUAUGUUUGGAAGAAGUCAUGAUUCAUUGUACUAUUUUGUAACAUAAUGUACUUCUUAUUAAGAAGGGAAAAAAAGACAUAACUUCAAAAAACUCAAGACAAAUCUUGAUUUUUGUUAUGAUAUCAUUAAUAUGUGAGAAAACAUAUGUAAAUAUCGGCAAAAUUGUGACUUAGUUUAAGAUACAGUACUAUAUGUUCUAAUCAGAAAUUAGAGAUGUACAGAUACACUCAAAAUAUAUUGGUGUAUAAACUAACUAUAAACAUAUAACAACUAAGUGUAUUAUUUUCAAUACAUUUUGCACUGCCUUGUACCUCAUUAAAAAAAACAAAAAAAUCCCUAGAGUGAAUAUAGAUUACCUUCCUUGCCAUAUUGCACAACAUAUGUAUUUGGAUGAUGUCUGUUAUUGUCCCUAUAGAUAUAUUCUUAUUGAAAAUAUAUAUUGUCUCUUGUAUAGUUCAACAGAUUUUGUUGCAAUAAAUAUAAAGAAUGGUUACAUCAAUUUUUAUUACAUUUUAAAUUCUAGGAAUAUCUUUUUAAUAAAAUGUUAUUUAUUCUGUUUUUAAUUGUGUAAUGUACUGUACUGUACAUCAGAGUAAUUUGCAAGUUAGUUAUUAAAGAAGCAGAAGGUUACAUCAGUAAACAAUAUUCAUUUUGGGAUUUGUAUAUUCUAAAUUUAUCAAACUAAUGUUUUAACUUGUAAUUCUGUUUUUUCCAAUUUACAUAAUGUUUUAAGACUACACUGAGGUUCCUAUGAAUUUUCAAUGUGGGUCUUUAUAUAAUAAAUCCUACUAUAAUCACAAAAAAAUGAUGUACUGGUUCUUCAUCAAAAUAAAAACUGCUUAAUUUUAAAAUUAGCAGAGU